UUGUCUCUAACCCGCCGUUCCUAUCUUCUCUGCUUCUUCCUCCAGGUGAAGGUCCCGACUCGCGUGGGUCAGAUUUACGUGUACGACACGCUGAAGGGGGACCAGGACGAGUACGACGUGCCGCCCAGACACCAGCCUCCAUCCCAGCAGGACAUUUACGACGUACCGCCCACCCGCCAGCAGUUCAGCACACAGGUGAAGGUCCCGACUCGCGUGGGUCAGAUUUACGUGUACGACACGCUGAAGGGGGACCAGGACGAGUACGACGUGCCGCCCAGACACCAGCCUCCAUCCCAGCAGGACAUUUACGACGUACCGCCCACCCGCCAGCAGUUCAGCACACAGGUGUAUGACACUCCUCCCAUGGUGGUGAAGGGUCCCUCUAGUGGUCAAGACAUAUACGACACCCCAUCAGGUUCAGACAAGAACCCACAGCAAACUGUGUAUGACACUCCUCCCAUGGUGGUGAAGGGUCCCUCUAGUGGUCAAGACAUAUACGACACCCCAUCAGGUUCAGACAAGAACCCACAGCAAACUCUAUUCUUGAACAUGCGUCCUCCCCCCCCCGGCCAAUACCUGCACAACAACAUGGCCGCCGACGGGGACGAGGACGACGAGCCCCCGAUCCCGGAGGACGUGCUUUGCCCCGGCGACCGGCACCUGCUGCUGUUCUACCAGGAGCAGUGCGAGCAGAACGUCACCACGGUAACCAACGCCAUCGACGCCUUCUUCUCGGCGGUGGGCUCCAACCAGCCGCCCAAGAUCUUCGUGGCGCACGGCAAGUUCGUCAUCCUGAGCGCGCACAAGCUGGUGUUCAUCGGGGACACGCUGGCCCGCCAGGCCCGGAGCCCCGAGGUCAAAGGUCGCGCCGCCCAGAGCAGCAACGCGCUCUGCGAGAAGCUGAAGGACGUGGUGGUCAGCACCAAGAUGGCCGCCCUGCAGUACCCGGCGCCCGGCGCCGCCCGCGAGAUGACCGAGCGCGUGCGGGAGCUGGCCGCCUGCACGCAGCAGUUCAGGAUGGCGCUGGGGCAGCUGCUGCUCAUGUAG